AUGAGUCCGCAUGGCUUCUGGCUCGUCUUCCUCUCUCUGUUCAUUUCUGUGACUGGAACCUUUGCCAUUGUCUGCAACCCAGGAUACGAGGUGAAGGUGUUGCUGAACGGAACAUCCUGCGUGGCAUGUGGGGUGAACAUGUACAGUACAGGAACGACAUGCUUAGCCUGUCCUUCACACUCUUCCACGAAGGGGCUCGGGCAACAGGGAGCGUGCAUCUGCGAUGGAGGCUACCAAGCGCUGUUGGACACGAGCACCAACAUUCCCGUCUCUCCUCUCACAUGUACGGACAUCAACGAGUGUCUCUCGCCCUCAGCCUGCGACGUUCACGCCACGUGCUCCAACACCAUCGGGAGCUACACCUGCACGUGCAGCGCCGGCUACUCGGGCGACGGCCUCUUGUGUCAGAACGUCAACGAGUGCACCCAGGGGGUGUGUGACCCCAAGGCCAACUGCACCGACACGCAGGGAAGCUUCAUCUGCGUGUGUCCUACCGGGUACUACGAUCUGAGCCUGAAGGACCCCAACAUAGGUCAGGGAAGGAUCUGCAAGGAGUACGGGUUGUACUUCGAACCCAUCGACAACUUGGUCGGGAAGGUUGGUCAGCCAGUAGUGGUUCCGUUUGUGAUCGGCAACUAUGAUCCUAACUACGUCUUUUCCUCCUCCUUGUCUGUGGUCGUCAUCGCUCCAGACAGUGUGACAGUGAGCAAGGAAGUGGCUCAGUCCAACGGGUUCCUUCGCCUCACUCCUGCAGUGAUCGGGACCUUUCGCAUCAACAUAACAGUCUCGGACAUCAACACGAAGCCUGGCCUUGUUUCCUUCACUCUCACUUCUACUGUUCUUACCCCCUUCUUCGACAACGUCCCUCCUGCCAACACCUUCCAGGACCUCAAGACGACGAGCGGCACCCCGACGUUCCCGCACACGUUCAGAGUUGGGCACGAGGACGCCAACCGUCUCGGGGCCCUGACGAUCCGAGCGACCUCGGGGAACCUGACGGUGGUGCCGGACAACUGCUGCGAGAACACGUCGACCUUCCGCGAGAUCGGGGGGAUCUUCUUGAACUUCACCACUGAGAGGGUCCAGAUGAUCUACAACGGCAACACCGUGUAUGCCAGGAACGUGAUGGUCGUCAUCAACCCACGCGGCAUCGCCACGUCUACAACCGGAGUCGACCUCCGGUUCUUCCUCACUGACACCCAGCAGAACAUCGUGAUCGCCGCCUCUAUCAAGCUGUACGUCUACCCUCGCCCCUCCAUCACGACCUUCUGCACCUACGACGUGCAGGAAACGGACACCUUGAUCUCCAUCUCCAACCUGUUCGGCAUGCACUGGAUGACCCUCUUCAUGCUCAACAACAACUCCAUCACCCACCCCGAUAGGGUCCUGCCGGGCUCGCGCAUAUCCAUCGGGCGUCCGUACAUCGUGAAGGGCGACGAUUCCAUCUACUCCAUCGCUACUCGCUUUGACACGGUUCCAGAUGAGAGAGCUAUCUUUGCUGGGCAACUCUUGUGCAUCGCACCGGACCUGGCGUUCCUCUCCUGCAUGGAGCAAUGA